CCACGCCGCAUGCUUCAGGAUGGAUUCGCCCCUCACCUGUGAUCCUAUCGCACCUGCAUCACCCUCCAUAGCUCUUCGUCUCAGCUGCAAAAUUCCUUCUCGCCAACGACUCACACACAGCAUUGCUCUCUCCGUGCUUGGAAAGGCUCUGGCCACCUCAUCAUGAAUGAGGCAAGCUCAAUCACAAUGCCGUCCUUUUGAACCUACCUAGCUAUAAUGAAGGCAUGCACGAUGGAGGCCAGCGAACCAAACAAUAAAUACUCGCUCUGUGACAUCUUCCGUCCAGUGUCACUUCAAUUCCAUUUUUUCAGACGCAUCAGUAUUGAUAUCAGUCGCUAUGUCUACACUCAACGGCUCUCGAACAUCCAGUCCGCCUGGUUCAUUACCACCGCCCUUGAGUUUGCGAGAAAGUGUCACUUCACCCACUCAGCCAGUGGACCCCGAUGCGAUCACACCCGCACCACCUCCAGCCGGGUCAUCGGCAUCAUUGCUCUCAUCGUCAUCAUUGCCCUCAUCGACCCCAUUGCCAUCAUCGUCACCAUUGCCCGAAAGACCCCAUGCUCCGACCCCUCGUGCUGCACAAUUAGCCUAUGUUUCAACCGCAGUGGCCGCCCCCUCAAGGAGCAUCACUGCAUGGCUCGAGAACUCCUGGGACCAUCCGAUCGGGUACACGAUGCCCCCGCGUGGUGUUCUCUUCAAAACCUUCGUUCCGUUAGUAGCCGCCUUCAUAUUGCAUUCUCCCAGGGGAAGAAGGUGUUUCUGUGCCCUAGCACUUGAAGCAGCACAAGCACACGUAAAUCGCACAAGCCACAUCAAUCUCUGGAACACACCUGAGAAUCUAGCCGACUUCUUCGCGACACUGAAUCAGUUCUUCACCUCGCCCACAGUAAAUGUCUUCGCGGUCGCAUGCGAGCGUCACGAGGAAUUAUACGGUCCCGGGUCUGCAGAACCCUACAUACAGCAGUACACGAUCGCCGAACAUGUGAGCGAUUUCCUCGAGCAGAUCGCCCGCGACGGAGCGGUCAUCAUUGUUGGAGCCGAAGAUGAUGCCGCGCGGGUUGAAAGACAGCAGUUCAUGUCCGGAGCGACGGCGAAGCCCAGCUGGUGGAAGCGUGUGAAGGCGUCGUUCCAGAAAGCAAAAGAGAAGCUACAGGUCAAGACAAACCAGCUGCGGCACGACUCGGUUCUCUCGCCGCGGCGGCAACUACGGCAACAGAGGCGGAGAUUUUCGGUUACUAGAUCACAAUCUGGAGACUCCCGCACUCCGUUCGCGAAGAUGGGACCCUAG